AUGGAAAGUGAGGAUGCCAUGACGACUCCAAGAGUCCUUAAGGUGCGAAAUCCGACAAGAACAGAAGACCAGACAAGUCAGUCAUCUCGGAACACUUCACAGAGGCUCUCUAGUAUCUCUUUUCGAUCAUUCUCAGGCUCAUGGUCUUCGCUCUGGGGUAGAGAAAGCACAUCUCGCUCGCAUACACAUCUCAACCAAGACUCAGAGUCCUACGGAUGCAUCCCAUUUACCACUUUCCUCCCCAGUCAUCACACAAUAUCACAGCCUGCGAAGAGAAGGUUCCCCAUUGACGGAGCAGACAAGCCUCUCAGCGCAUGUAGUUGCUCAUCCUCUAUCUCUCGUCUUCCUUCAAACCAACUCACAAUCCACAAGAGAGAUCGCAGCAAGGUCACCUCAUCUCACAAAUUCGACAAG